AUAGCAUUGAAGUAAACACUGAAGAACUCGAGACCAGCAUGGACGACAAUUUGACUCAGUUCCGUCCUUGAACCCAGACACCUAUAUGAAGGAAGAUUAGGGCUGUUGGAAAUAGUGCAAUUUACACCGCACAGUAGAUUAGCUAUGGUAGCUAACGCUAUGCUAUAUUGGUUUGAGAUACAUUAUGGUAGCUAACGCUAUGCUAUAGUGGUUCAAGAUCACAGCGCUGAUGAUCAACAGAUACUCAUCUGCAAGGCUCAGCGUGUACACUGGAAGUCAUUGAUUGACGUGCGUUCAAACCACAGCCACUAAUCGUGCACACAUGUGACAUGUUAAGACUUUGUCACAACGGCUACCGCUGUCUUGCAGCAUCGUGUUAAUAAGUCUCCAGGUGAAUGCGUUUCGCGUCUUGCAGGAACCACGAGAACGACCGAACAGCCUAAUAGUGACACACGCACACGCACACGCGGGUCCGACAUGGACGUUGCUCUGCGAAGAGGUUGGAGUCUGAAGACCGCCUUCCCUUUCAUGAUCUCUCGUAGAACUUUGUCGUUGUUUUGGAGAUGUGGCGCCGGUACACCCUGGCCGCCAGCCCCCACAGGGCAACGGGGGGCAGCGGCGCCCCGCCGACACGCACACUCCGGGGCGAGCGAGGGCACGGAGCGGUCUCCCGGUGCAGCCCCGGAGAGACUACCCUUUUCACGGUUGUCUCAGGAGGAUUUGGCGUUCUUCAGGGAAACACUCCCGGGCGGAGCAAUCACGGAUCCAGACUUACUGGAGGCCCACAACGUAGAUUGGCUCAAAUCCGUUAGAGGUCACGGUGAACUGUUGCUCAGACCUCAGACCACGGCGCAAGUAUCUGAAAUACUGAGAUACUGUAACGACCGCAACCUGGCGGUGAAUCCCCAGGGGGGCAACACGGGUCUGGUGGGAGGCAGCGUCCCCGUCUAUGAUGAGAUCAUCCUCUCCACAGCGUUACUGAACAACAUCCUGACCUUUGACCCCGUCUCCGGUAUCCUGACGUGCCAGGCGGGCUGUGUGUUGGAGGGCCUCUCGGGUUACCUGGAGGAGCAGGACUUCAUCAUGCCCCUGGACCUGGGCGCGAAGGGCAGCUGUCACAUCGGGGGCAACGUGGCCACCAACGCCGGGGGGCUCCGCCUGCUGCGCUACGGCUCCCUGCGGGGCACGGUGCUGGGCCUGGAAGUGGUGCUGGCAGACGGCCGGGUGCUGGACUGUCUGUCCACUCUGAGGAAGGACAACACAGGAUAUGACCUCAAGCAGCUGUUCAUCGGGUCGGAGGGCACGCUGGGCGUCAUCACCGCCGUGUCCGUCCUGUGUCCGCGGAAACCCAGCGCCGUCCACGUGGCCUUCCUAGGCUGCCAGACCUUUGAGCAGCUGCUGGGAACCUUCAAGCUCUGCAAAGGCAUGCUGGGAGAGAUCCUGUCAGCCUUUGAAUUCCUGGACGCAGCGUGCAUGGGGCUGCUGAACACACACCUGAAACUGCCCAACCCCAUCACAGACUGCCCCUUCUACAUCGUCAUAGAGACGUCGGGGUCCAACUCCGCCCACGAUGAGGAGAAGCUCCACAGCUUCCUGGAGGAGGCCAUGACCUCAUCGCUUGUCACUGACGGGACGGUGGCGAGCGACGACACGAAGGUCAAGGCGCUGUGGUCGAUGCGUGAGCGCGUGACGGAGGCCCUGACCCACGACGGCUACACCUACAAGUACGACGUGUCGCUCCCCGUGGAGGGCCUCUACCAGCUGGUCACGGCCACCCGGGACCACCUGGGGAGCCGCGCCAAGAACGUGGUGGGCUACGGACACGUGGGCGACGGUAACCUCCACCUGAACAUCACCUCGUCGGGGCCGGACCCCUCCCUGCAGGGGGCCAUCGAGCCCUUCGUGUACGGCUGGACGGCGGGGGUCCGGGGCAGCGUGAGCGCCGAGCACGGCCUGGGCCUGAAGAAGAGGAACUACAUCUACUACAGCAAGCCCCGACCCGCCGUGGCCCUCAUGGGACACAUCAAGACCCUGAUGGACCCCCGGGGAAUCCUCAACCCCUACAAGACCCUCCCCGACGACCUGGACUGAGGGGGGCUGUCCGCUGGGUGGGGGGGGGGGGGGGGGGGGGGGGGGGGGUUGGGGGCUGGAUAACGAGGGUCAUGUGUGUACACGGAGGUGCAGACAUAUCUGUAUUCAUGUGGUAUUGAUUUGCCAAAUUGAAGACUUUAUUGUAUUCACUGGGUUAUUUCAGUGUGUGUGUGUGUGUGUGUGUGUGUGUGUGGGUGAUGGCUGGUUUAAGCAGCCUCGCCUGGCCCAGUCUGUUUGGACUCUUGGGCUGGGUGAGGCUGCAGACCUGUUGCACGUUGAGUAAUCAGUGUGAAACUUGUUUAAACCCGCCCGCCGCCUGCACACAAACACGCACUCAAGGUAGAGCUCUCCUGCAUGGCAGUGGAGCACCAGGUCAUGGUCAUUUACUGCAACUUCUACCAUGAACCGGAUUUCAACACCAACGCCCUGCUGUUUCCAGGAGCUCAGAAAGGCCAACUAGGUGGUGGUAGUUGCAGCGACCUUGUAAGGAGGAAGGGUUUUAAGGUGCAAUCAAUUGUAUGUAUUUUUACAUACAGACACUCCAAAUUGUAGCUUGAUCUGUACCCCUCAAGAUUAAAUCAUUUGUGAAUCCAUAGCUCGUCGACUGUAGAUCAAGGUGGAGUUGUAAUCCGUUUGUACUACCUCUACUAGAGCCGCUACCGGCACAGAGACAUGCAUCUCCGCCCUCUCCCUAAACCCGGCGGGUUGAACCAUCGUGACGGCUUUAGAAACCUGAAAGUGUGCAUCAACAUGUAACAGUGCAGUAAAUGUUUUAUUAUUACAUAUAAAAAAAAACGUCAAAGCAACAACACAGCGGACGUCUUGUGAACUUUAUCUGGAAGCCGUCGGUGUGAACGUCGGGUAGAGCGGGGUCGUCUGGAGACCACGCCCCGUACUGCAAGGCAUGAUGGGAGAAAAGGGACGCGGGCGACAGGUGCCCUGACGGACAUAUUCUCCUUUCCUGGCUCCUCACCUCCUGUUCCCUCGGCAGUAGACGGCAGGAAACAUACAUAGCAGCUCUUGGUAAUGAUGUGACGGAUGAUUUCUAUAUCAUUAUACUGUUAAUAUGAUAACUAUAAUAAUAAUUGUAUUUUGCCGGUCCUUCCAUCCACUAGACCGCCCAGAGAAGCAGAGAUCUGUACAUGGCGUCUCUUCCAAAUCGGCCAACGUGUUCAGUGCGUGUUUCCCUACUUUACGACUUCAUUAUUUAUAGCUAAUUAAUAGCUCGAUGUAGAGUAUUCCCAUGUGUACAGUCCCUUAAACACAGGCUACAAACCAGGAGUACAUAUCAGUAGUGUGCUGCUAGUAGUAGUAUACGUAGUACAUAAACAUAUUUCAAAAUUGUACUUUGAUUCUGGUGUGUGUGUGUGUGUGUGUGUGUGUGUUCGAUAAGGCUAAAACAGUUGACCUGAUUGUCUUUCAGCGGAAUAUCCCGA